UUAUCAGUAGCAUAACUAUUCGUAUAAGAAGUUAAAAUUCUGCGGUUGGUGAGUGGUUUGUUUUUCCAGACGAUUUUAUUUUAUUAAUACUUGAACGGAAUAUAUACCAAAUUAAAUCAUGUCUGGGCAUUUCCAACCACUUAAAUCUUCACGUGUGCUACGUAAAAUCAAAGAAAUCACCAAACCCACAGGGGAACCGGUGAUAAUUAAUCGUAAUCCACGUAAUCUGGAAAGAUUGCGUAUUGCACUUAAACCCAACGGAUAUUUUUUGGAGAAACCAGGACGUUCAUUUUGGCACAAAUUGGAACUCACUGUAAGUGGUCGCUACGCUACUGCAGAAGUCAGGCAUUUCCAAAAUGGUCCAGUUAUCGGUGCUAGCACAUCGGAGUGGGCCAUUAAGAAACAUCUAUACAAAACAUGCGACACACCUGCCUUCGUAAAUCUCGCACGCGUAUUUGCUAUGAGAUGCCUUCAAUCUGGUAUUACCGAAAUGGCCUGCAAUAUCGACGCAGUUCCUGGUGGUAAAAUUGACAAAUUUCUCAGAACCUUAGAAGAAAAUGGUCUUAAGUUGCAAGAACCUGAACGAUACGUUGCACCACUGCCGUGGGAUGCUGUGAGACACGAAAAACCAUGGGAAGUAGUGGAAGACCUUUUACAAUCCGAACAACAACCGAAGAAAAAUGUAUCAAACAAAAAAGAAUAAACAAUGGGUUUUCCU